AAAGGGCCCGCGGGGCACGUGGCUCGGGACGCAGUUCGCGGCCGCCCGGCAGUAGCUCUCAGGUUAGGCGGGUCCCGCUCCGCUUCCGCCGUCGCCGCCGCGCCGCCCCGGGCCCGACAGGCCGGGUCCAGGGAUUGCAACCCAGCGAGGGACGCGGGCAGCCAUGGCCGAAGCGGCGCCUACCCGGGCCCCCGAGACAGACAAGCACACAGAGGACCAGAGUCCUUCGACACCCUUGCCCCAGCCAGCCACUGAGAAGAACUCGUACCUCUACUCCACGGAAAUCACACUGUGGACGGUGGUGGCUGCCAUUCAGGCCUUGGAGAAGAGGGUGGAUUCCUGCCUGACCCGCUUGCUGACUCUGGAGGGGCGCACGGGGACAGCCGAGAAGAAGCUGGCCGACUGUGAGAAGACAGCUGUGGAGUUCGGGAACCAGCUGGAGGGCAAGUGGGCCGUGCUGGGGACCUUGCUGCAGGAGUACGGGCUGCUGCAGAGGCGGCUGGAGAAUGUGGAGAACUUGCUGCGUAACAGGAACUUCUGGAUCUUGCGGCUGCCCCCGGGCAGCAAGGGGGAGGCCCCCAAGGUGCCCGUGACCUUCGAUGAUGUGGCCGUGUAUUUCUCUGAGCUGGAGUGGGGCAAGCUGGAGGACUGGCAGAAGGAGCUCUACAAGCACGUGAUGAGGGGCAACUACGAGAUGCUGGUCUCCCUGGAUUAUGCAAUCUCCAAACCAGACAUCCUCACCCGGAUAGAGAGGGGAGAGGAGCCUUGUCUUGACCGGUGGGGCCAGGAGAAGGGGAAUGAAGUAGAGGUGGGACGUCCAAGGAUGAUGGGCACUGGCCUCCCUCCGUAUCCAGAGCACCUCACCAGCCCACUUAGCCCUGCCCAGGAGGAGCUGAAAGAAGGGCAGGCCCCCAAGCAGCAGCAGGACUCAGAGGCAAGAGUGGCCCCAGCCGGGCCAGAAGCAGGUGGUGGUGUGGCCAUCAAGACAGAGGCACAGUCUGAAGACGAGAUGACGCCUGAGCGGCUCUUUCUGGGGGUGUCCCGAGGCCAGACCGAGUGUAGAAUCCCCCGAGGGCCCAGGAACAGGCCUGGGGGCCCCAGCCGUCAUCAGGCCCAGGGCAUGCCCAGGGUGCGGGCAGGGGAGCCACGGCCACUGGGGGCCGGUGGGGAGACGCCCCGAGUCCUCUCCCGCCGGCGGCAGCGGGCAUUCCCCUGCCCCGACUGCGGGCAGAGCUUCCGCCUGAAGAUCAAUCUGACGAUUCAUCAGCGGACCCACGUGGAGGAGGGACGGCAGGAGGCCCCCGGCCGCUCGCCCACCAGCUGCGGGGACAGCCAGGCCAUGCUGGAGCCAGGGGAGGUGGUGGUACCCGGCCCUGUCAUCCGCUGGCUCCCCGAGGAGCCUGAGGGUCGCCGCUCCGUGGCAGGGGGCCGUGCAUUGAUGGGGCGGCGGCCUGCAGCCAGCAAGAUGUACCACUGCAGCGAGUGCCUGCGCUUCUUCCAGCAGCGCAAGAGCCUGCUGCUGCACCAGCGCCUGCACACCGGCAACGGCCAGGGCUGGCCCACCUGCCCCUACUGCGGCAAGGCCUUCCGCCGGCCCUCGGACCUCUUCCGGCACCAGCGCAUCCACACCGGACUGGCAUUGCGGACUGACCUCCAGGGAGAGGCCCAGAUCCGAUCUGCAGAGAUCUCCCUUCCGGCUAUCGUGUCUGCUGUUCAGGUGGUGGAGAAGAAGAUGGAACCCCAGGCUGCCUGGCUACAGAGCCUGGAGGGAUGCACGUGGACAGCCAAGAAGAAGCUGGCUGACUGUGAGAAGGUGGCUGUGGAGUUCGGGAACCAGCUGGAGGUCUCGUGGAGUAAAUAAACUGGAAUCUGCUCCUCGCUGUCCUGCCCUUCACAUGGUGCCAGAGGCAGCUCCUGCGUGCACACCUGUGGCUCACCAGCCUGUCUGCUCCUGGGGAGCUGGGGCCUCCCCUGGUUUACAUCUGCAUCUCUAGGACACCCACGCUGCACUCUGCACACUGAGUUCUCAGGAGAUUCCUGCUGAGCAAAGAAGGAUGAAUUGUAGGCCUGCUUCUUUUUUUUUUUUGAGACGGAGUUUUGCUCUUGUUUCCCAGGCUGGAGUGCAAUGGCGUGAUCUCAGCUCACCACACCCUCCGCCUCCCGGGUUCAAGUGAUUCUCCUGCCUCAGCUUCCUGAGUAGCUGGGACUACAGGCAUGGGCCACCACACCUGGCUCAUUUUAUAUUUUUAGUAGAGACGGGGUUUGUCUAUGUUGGUCAGGCUGGCUGCGAACUCCCAACCUCAGGCGAUCCACCCGUCUCGGUCUCCUAAAGUGCUGGGAUUACAGGAGUGAGCCACCGCGCUUGGCCAGGCCUGCUUUUAAGGAUGCCCCAGGUCCAGAAAAUCAGGGCCAGCCCUGGGAAGUUCGCUCCUUCAGGCAGGUGUGCAUCUUCAUGUGAGACUUGAUCAGACCUGGGUUUUUGUAUCUACCCCACUCCGAAGCUCUCCUGCGUGAACCUGGAAUUCUCACUGCUUUGGGCAG